AUGAAGUCUUCAUUCUUUCUCGUCGGUCGGAAUUUGCGCCUCUUAGAAACAGGCAGGUUCCGUGCACAUGCAACAAGCAGAAAUAGACUGCUCGCGGCGAGACAUUAUUCAUCCAGCCCUGAUCUCGAUUCGAAAGAUAACGAAGGGCCUUUGAGAGGGCUACGAGUCUUGGAUUUAUCGCGAGUUCUAGCGGCUCCAUUUUGCACUCAAAUCCUAGCAGAUUAUGGCGCAGACAUCAUCAAAGUUGAAGCCGUUGGCAAAGGGGACGAUACAAGACACUGGAUGAUGCAAGGAGAGACCGCAGCUUGGAAAAAGGAAGCAGGUCCAAUGUCCAAUUACUUCUCUGCUGUCAACCGCAACAAAAGAUCCAUGACGUUGGAUUUGAAGCACCCUAAAGGAAAGGAGGUUUUUCUCGGCUUGAUGGGAAAGACAGAUGUCCUAAUUGAAAAUUUCAAGCCCGGCACUAUGGAACGUCUAGGCAUUGGGUACAGCAAGUUAAAAGAGCUUAAUCCGGGACUAAUUUACGCCAGCAUUUCUGGCUAUGGCACUACAGGUCCAUAUGCCAACCGCGGCGGAUACGACCCAAUUGCGGGAGCGGAGGCUGGUCUUCUGCACGUAACCGGCGAACGCAAAGGACCUCCUGUACGUCCGGGUCUAGGUAUGGUGGACAUGGCGACUGGACUGUACCUUCACGGGGCGAUUCUUGCAGCAUUACAUGCUCGUGAGCGUACCGGCAAGGGGCAACGGGUCGAUGGGUCUCUUUUAGAGACGCAAAUUAGCUUGCUCACCAACGUCGGUCUCUCGUGGCUGAAUCUGGGGAUAGAGGCUGAGCGCUGGGGAUGUCAACACCCAAGCAUCGUGCCGUAUGACGCGUUCAAAACCAAGGACUUGUAUCUUGUCUGUGGCGCCACCAACGACUCACAAUUUGCGGCUCUUUGCAAGUUGAUCGGCCUGGACUCGCUAGCCCAGGAUGAGCGAUUUAUCACGAACCCCAAGCGGGUUGAGAAUCGCGAGUUGUUGGGGCCGAUCUUCAACGCCGUGUUUGAGACCAAGACCACGGCUGAAUGGGUCAAGGUCUUUGACGGGAAAGGUCUCCCCUUUGCUCCGAUUAACAAUAUUGAAAUGGCCUUCUCUCACCCCCAAGUCCAGGCGCGAAACAUGAUUGCUCAUGUCCCUCACAAUGCCACAGAGUCUGGUUAUAUCAAGCUCAUCGGGCCCGCAGUCAAGUUCAGUGAGACAAAGGCGAGCAUUAGAAGCCAGCCCCCUCGUCUCGGCGAACACACAGAUGAGAUAUUGGCGGAGGUUGGGAUGGACAAAAUUGAGAUAGACAACUUCAGACAACAGGGUAUAGUCUAG